GUGCAAUGGAAUAUAAUUUGAAAGGGAAUUCUGGGUUAGGCUGUAUGGAUGACUUGUACACAAGUAUGGUCGAGUUGGAUGACAAAUGGUUUGAUGGCAGUGCUAAAGAAUCCUUAAAGUUCUCUAGAGUUGCACAGCACCAUAAUUGUAAGAAUCAGCCUCUACUAUUGACAGAAGAGUGUGAGAGUGACAUUCUGAUUAACCCCAUGGACAGCAAAAACUUCGUGCAAGGACCUUCAGAGUUCAUAAUUUCAGACGAUUUGGAUGUGAAGCCCAUGUCUUCUGCAUCAAGCUUUAACAUACUAAAGGAACUAAGAGUCCCCAUCACUGAGAUUGAGCAGCAAGUACUCCCUAUUAGCUUUAAAGAGGCAUCGAGGUUUCUAAAGGCUGCACUUACAUCCCCAUCUGCAGUUCUAACUAAUGGCUUGGGCUGCUUCUUGCAGAAGCAUAAAACAUAGUCCCGGAUGAUCGCGCAAUAUCUCUGGCCUUUGAAUGCGCAUGAAACUCAAGGAAGUUCAAUUCACGUAACAUUACUGAUUCAUCAAAAUCAUUGUCGUCAGUCGUCACCAAAAAGAACAUUCUAUUUUGAUGAUUUGAUCACAUUAAAAAUUCUACUUUGAUUUUAAAUCAACGCAAUAUUACAAUCAUUGUAGUGGAUUUUUAUGUGAUUUUUUCAGUCAACAUUGUGAUACGUACUCUAUAACAUACUACUCCAUACUAUAAAGCAUUGCCAAGGAAGACACUACAAAAC